AUGCCGGCGAGGGGACGGGAAAGUUCCGCCCGUGUCUGUAACUCCGCCAACAACACAUUCGCUCAGACUAAUGCCGACGCAGACUCGAGCUCUCCCGCCUCGCCUCCCCUCUCUCCUCGGUCAUCAGCCUCAUCCACAUCUGGCCGGAACAUCUGCAGCAGCUGCGGGCUGGAGAUCGUGGAUCGCUACCUGUUGAAGGUGAACAAACUAUGUUGGCACGUCCGAUGCCUGGUCUGCAGUGUCUGUGGGACCCCUCUGGGCAGGCACUCCAGCUGCUACAUCAAGGAGCAGGAGAUAUUUUGCAAGAUGGACUAUUUCAGGCGCUACGGGACGCGAUGUGCCCGGUGCGGUCGUCAGGUACAGGCGACAGACUGGAUCCGUAGGGCCAGGGGCAACGUCUACCACCUGGCCUGCUUCGCCUGCUUCACCUGCAAGAGGCAACUGUCCACAGGAGAGGAGUUUGCCCUGGUGGAUGAGAAGGUGGUCUGUCGCGUCCAUUACGACUGCCUGGUGGACAACAUCAACACUGGGCGGGGACUUGGUGAGGAGGGAGUGAUGCCUGUGGAUCAAGAUGCGAGUCAGCCCAGACCAACCAAGAGAGCACGGACCAGCUUCACAGCCGAGCAGCUGCAGGUGAUGCAAGCACAGUUUACACAGGACAAUAACCCUGACGCUCAGACACUGCAAACUCUGGCGGAGACCACUGGGCUUAGCCGGCGAGUGAUUCAAGUUUGGUUUCAAAACUGCCGAGCUCGACACAAAAAGCAUGUGGGUCCGGGCCAACUGCCCGCUACACCAGCGUCCACUACUCACCUGGAGAACAUGUCACCACACACCAUGGAGCAGGUGGUAUUCACUACGUAUGGGGCAUCUGAUGGACAGAUACUGGCCAGCCUGCACACCUACAUGGACUCCCAGUCUCAGACACUUGGCUUCCCAGAUCACGGCACUCACUUGAUGACGGAGCUGGCCCCAGGUCACGCCUGAACUCUUCACGUUGGACGAUGAUUGGACCAACCUCCUAGAGUUGGGGAACUUUCCCCACCCCGACUCUUGUAUUUAUUGGUAUUUAGUUGGAGCACUUUGAUUCAUACUUGGUGACACGCGUGCCAAAUGUUUACAAUCCCGCCUGUGUGUGAGUGUGUGUCUGUCUGUGUGUGUGUGUGUGUGUGUGUGAAUUCACACUAGUUUAUAUUGCUAAGUUAUUGUUGAAGAAUGUAUUCCCUGUUUGUAAAUCCUGUGUUUUAUACAGUUGACUAUUGAAAGGAACUCGUGUGAGGAAUAUUGUCGUAAGUUUCACAUUUUUUCUGUUGGCACCUUUUGGAUUCGGAGCCUUAAACACAAAUAAACAUUUGCUACUGUUCUUGUUUCCAGUUCAGUCUUGU